CACACACACACACACACACACACAGAUAAAGGAGGGUCCCAGCAGAACCGGAGCGCUACUUCUUCUUUGAGUUCCUCCUCUCCGCCUCGCUCCCGGCCAGCACCGGAACCGGUUACCGGGCAGACCCAGACUGCUCGUCAUCCGUUGCACUGCUCGUACUGCGGAUUUUCAUCCUCACUCACCCCCAGCGGAUACCGGCAGAGCUCCGCCUCAGACAGAGACCAGACUCGCAGGAACGGACCGGGAGAUCAGCGCCGAUCUGCUGCAGCACCGUCUCCGGUUCCUCCCUCCGGUACCUCCAGACCUGGGAGAGCAACAGCCGCCAGUGAGGUAGAAGAGCCCAUCAUCAGGCUGCAGUCAUGGAUGAGAUGGACCUGCCCCAGAUGAAGAAGGAGGUGGAGAGCCUCAAAUACCAGCUGGCCUUCAAACGAGAGAAAUCCUCCAAAACAGUCACAGAUUUGGUGAAGUGGAUAGAGGACGGAGUCCCCGAAGAUCCCUUCCUGAACCCGGAGUUGAUGAAGAACAACCCGUGGGUGGAGAAAGGAAAAUGCAUCCUUCUCUAGGAAGAACGUCGCCGUGAGCGCCCUGCAGGAGACUGACCCCACCUCCUGAGCGGGUCAGCAUCUACCUACCAACCUCUCACCAUGAAUGUACUACAGCGGACCCCCUACACACACACACACACACACACACACACACACACACACACGCACACGCCUCUAGCUGACACCAGGCCGCUGAGACACACUUUCUCCUGCCUGCAGGCGCACUCCUGAUUCGGGGUUUGAUUGUGACUAUUUAAUAACGUAGUUAUGCAGCAGACAUGUUCCUAGCAACGUUCCUCCAGUUGUGAUGAGUCCAGAUGUUCCACAUCCUCACUGCCAAACCUUAGGAGUGCGUUUGUGCAGCAACGUCUUCGAAAAACCACUUUUCUACUUUAAGGGAAAAAGAUUUCAUUGCGUUACUAUGGGGUUGGGGGUGGGGGGGGGAUUACAGAUUAGGACGGAGCUGGUGUGGAUGACUUUAAGAUGGCGUCCUCCAACCCAAACCCUAAAGCCCGACGCCGAGCCAACGGCGAUCCUGCUCCUCCGCUGACUCCAGACGCCCGCCUCCAUGGAUGAAACAAUCACAGCUUGACUUCUGAUCCAGCAGCACACUUUAACCUUUUAUGCAUGAGGUCACUGGGGCGUGCAGGAGGCAGCAUGUUACCAUAGCAACAGCAACAAGACAGGAAGUCUGCUGACCAAACUAUUUACUGAUGUUUUCGGCAGCAUUCGGAGCUAAAUGCAUGAGACGGAUGCUGUACAGCAGCAUAAACAAAUCCACGUUUCAGUCCUCAGUGCGUCAGUUCUGCAGCUGACAGCUGUUUCCAACAGACCAUAAUAGUAACCCCACCCUGCAUCAUCAACAUCAGCACGACUGACCCAGCUAUUGACUAAGUUGUACUUCAUAAAAACAGGGAAGAUGGUGGAAAAGUCAAAGAAACCAAAGAUCCAGACCCGCUCUUGUCACUCCUGCUCGUCUCUUCCAGGAUGAUUUAGUUGCGUAAAUCUCACGUUUCACCGUAGCCGCCAUGUUGGCGUCAGUCGCGGAUCACCACCCUUGUUUUGACUCAAGGCUACCCAAUCACAUUGUAGUGAUGAUGUCAUAUGACCUCCAGUUUACAUCCCGGUCUAGGGCCACGGCAACAUCCAGGAUGUUAGCGCUAAAGCUGUGUCGUCAUGGAGACACAGUCUUGCUGCUGCCUGAUUGGAUAGCUGCCGUGUUGGCCCUGGGCCGGGAUUAAACCACACCUUCCUCCGCUGCUAGUUCAAACGUCUAACAGGAGUGAUUAACUUGGCUAUGAGUGACCAGACUGGAUGUCCACAACUUGGUCCCUCGCUGUCGUGGCUCGGGCGUUUGCACCAGUGCACUCGCUGAUGUCAGACGGAGGUUUCACAGCGGAGCUCUCAGGCCUCUGGAGGUUCCCGCUACCCCUCUCCUCCUCCUGAGCUACGGCCCUACAGACCACAAACAUCCCUCCGCUCGCAUGUACAGACAAACCCCCUUUAACUUAUUAACUUAUUUAUUUAUUUAUGGAUAAGAGCUUCUCUUCACCUUAGCUUAUUUCUACGAGAGCACGCCGCCUUCAUGAAGAAGCACCUUCUACUGCUGCCUUCUACUCAUUCUCCUCUAAACCAGGAUGUAAAUAUCCAGGCCCGAGGUUCUGACACCAUCACCGACCUCCGAGCUGGCCUGAGAGUGCACGACACACACACACACACACACACACACACACACACACACACACACACACACACACACACACGGUGGAACAUCAGUACCGUACUGAUCCCCGCCACAUUCACCACAGCAGGAAAUGGUUUUUAUUUAUUGUCCUGUGACGGUGAGUUAAAGCGGUACGAGAGCUUGGGGGGGGGGGGGG